AUGAUGAAGUCGUCGUCUGUUGCGAGCUUGGUUGCCCUGGCUGGAAUUCUGGGCCACACCACCAUCACCAGCACGGAGGCGCUGCAGGUGCUCACUCCGGCGGUGGCUGAGGUGGUCGUGUCUGGGAGGCCGUAUAUCGUGUCGUGGAACGGCGCAUCGGCGGAUGACCGCUUCGAGAUCGACCUGCACUACUGCGGCUCGUACUCCUACUGUUUCGAGGAGGCGGAGUGCGGUUUCUGGCUGGCAAACGUUUGCGCCGAGGGGGACGGCAGCGGCUGCAUGAGCCAAGCCGACCAGAGCUCCCAGGUGACCUUCCCGGAGCCUCUCGGGGGACGCUCGAACGAGGGCUACAGGAUCAGGAUAGCCGAGGUCGGGUCGGAUACGUACCGGUGUUCGGACGACUUCUACCUCAUGUCUUCCGCGGACGCGCCGGCAGCCGGGGAGGAGGGGGGACCGACGAUAGAGGUGGUUGCGCCGACAGCGGAUGCUCUAGCUAUCGCGGGGGAGAUCUACACGGUGGAGUUCGACUACGACAACGGCUUCGGCGAACAGCUCGGGCGGUUCAAGAUCGACCUCUACAAGGCGUGGGCGGAGGACGGAGCUGGAGACUGUGGCACCUGGGUCACCUCCGUCUGCGACAAGCCGGACGUGGGCUGUCUCGAUAGCCAGGGAGACUACAACGUAGUGAUCCCGGCCGACUCGGAGGACGGCAUGUAUAAGAUUCGCGUCGGUCUGUUCGGGGACGACACCAUCUACGCGUGCUCGCCGUCCUUCGAGGUCGUCGCCUCGACGACCUCGUCGUCUGGCGCCGCUACCGACGCGGCGGGGGCGGCGGGGCUCUGGGUGGACUCGGCGACGUCACUAUCGCUGCCCAAGGUCUUGCUUCCCUAG